CCAGCCAGUAAGAAGAACGGACAGUGAUUUCUCGUGCGCAGGCGCAUAGCUUCUCGCUGUAGGCGGGGAGGAGGCUGCCUCAGGGAGGGACCCAGAGCCAACGGAACCCCGGAAUGAAGGAACUUGACUGACAUGCAAGCUGUCCAACCAAGAGCUCCCUAGCUCAGAAGCGCGCUAGCGGCUGGAGGGUGGAACCGACUGGUUCGCGAGCACUAAGCUCAAAAGUGAUUGGCUGGGUGGUGACAUUUCCGGCGAGCGUCAUGACGUAGCUUGGACUCACUGGCGCCAAAAUGGCUUUCGUAGCGGGUGUUAUCCGGAGGCUGGAUGAGACAGUGGUGAACCGCAUCGCGGCGGGGGAAGUUAUCCAGCGGCCGGCUAAUGCAAUCAAGGAGAUGCUAGAGAACUGUUUAGAUGCAAAGUCCACAAAUAUUCAAGUGGUGGUUAAAGAAGGAGGCUUAAAGUUGAUUCAGAUCCAAGACAAUGGCACUGGGAUCAGAAAAGAUGAUUUGACUAUUGUGUGUGAACGGUUCACUACAAGUAAACUACAAUCCUUUGAAGAUUUAGCUAAUAUUUCUACCUAUGGCUUUCGGGGUGAGGCUCUAGCCAGCAUAAGCCAUGUGGCUCAUGUUACUAUUACAACCAAAACAGCUGAUGGGAAGUGUGCAUACAGAGCAAGUUACUCUGAUGGAAAACUGAAAGCACCUCCUAAGCCAUGUGCAGGCAAUCAAGGGACCCAGAUCACGGUGGAGGAUCUUUUUUAUAACAUAGCCACAAGGAGGAAAGCAUUAAAAAAUCCAAGUGAAGAGUAUGGGAAAAUUUUGGAAGUUGUUGGCAGGUAUUCAAUACACAAUUCAGGCAUUAGCUUCUCCGUGAAAAAACAAGGUGAAACUGUAGCUGAUGUAAGAACACUGCCCAAUGCCACAACUGUGGACAACAUUCGCUCCAUCUUUGGAAAUGCUGUUAGUCGAGAACUGAUAGAAGUUGAGUGUGAGGAUAAAACCCUAGCCUUCAAAAUGAAAGGCUACAUAUCCAAUGCAAACUACUCAGUGAAGAAAUGCAUCUUCUUACUCUUCAUCAACCAUCGCCUGGUAGAGUCAGCCUCCUUAAGAAAAGCUAUAGAAACGGUGUAUGCAGCAUAUUUGCCCAAAAACACACACCCUUUCCUGUACCUUAGUUUAGAAAUCAACCCCCAGAAUGUAGACGUCAACGUACACCCCACAAAGCACGAAGUUCACUUCCUGCAUGAAGACAGCAUUCUGGAGCGCGUGCAGCAGCACAUUGAGAGCAAGCUCCUGGGCUCCAACUCCUCCCGGAUGUACUUUACCCAGACGUUGUUACCAGGACUUGCUGGCCCCUCUGGAGAGAUGGUUAAACCCACACCUGGUGUGACCUCUUCCUCUGUUUCCGGAAGUGGUGACAAAGUCUAUGCCCACCAGAUGGUCCGCACAGAUUCCCGAGAACAGAAGCUUGAUGCCUUUCUGCAACCUGUGAGCAAGGCCCUGUCCCAUCAGCCCCAGGCCAAUCCAGAAGACACGACAGAUGUUUGUAGUGGCAGGGCCAGGCAGCAAGAUGAGGAAAUGGCGGAACUCCCAGAGCCUGCUGAAGUGGCUGCCCAAAAUCAGGGCAUGUCAAGGGAUGCAACGAUGGAGACUUCAGAAACAUCAGAGAAGAGAGGGCCCCUUUCCAGUCCAGAACACCCCAGAAAGAGACAUCGGGAAAGCUCUGAUGUGGAAAUGGUGGAAGAUUCCAGAAAGGAAAUGACAGCAGCUUGUACCCCCCGGAGAAGGAUCAUUAACCUCACCAGUGUUUUGAGUCUCCAGGAAGAAAUUAAUCAACGGGGACAUGAGAGUACAGAGAGAUGGAGAGGGGGAGAUACAAAGAGAAUCACCAAAGCCACUGCUCCACACUCUGUGGGGCUUCCCCCAGGUGCCAUUGGUGCUGCCAUGUGGUGCUGGGGCUCAAACCUACCAGCUCUUCGGGAGAUGUUGCAUAACCACUCCUUUGUGGGCUGUGUGAAUCCUCAGUGGGCCUUGGCACAACAUCAGACCAAAUUAUACCUUCUCAACACCACCAAACUGAGUGAAGAACUGUUCUACCAGAUACUCAUUUAUGAUUUUGCCAACUUUGGUGUUCUGAGGUUAUCAGAGCCGGCCCCGCUCUUUGACCUCGCCAUGCUCGCCUUAGAUAGUCCCGAGAGCGGCUGGACAGAGGAAGAUGGUCCCAAAGAAGGACUUGCCGAAUACAUUGUUGAGUUUCUCAAGAAGAAGGCUGAGAUGCUUGCAGACUAUUUCUCUUUGGAAAUUGACAAGGAAGGGAACCUGAUUGGAUUACCCCUUCUGAUUGACAACUAUGUGCCCCCUUUGGAAGGCUUGCCGAUCUUCAUUCUUCGACUGGCCACCGAGGUGAACUGGGAUGAAGAAAAGGACUGUUUUGAAAGCCUCAGUAAAGAAUGUGCCAUGUUUUACUCCAUCCGGAAGCAGUAUAUAUCAGAGGAGUCAGCCCUUUCCAGCCAGCAGAAUGAAGUGCCUAGCUCCUCUCCAAACCCCUGGAAGUGGACUGUGGAACAUGUUGUCUAUAAAGCCCUCCGCUUACAUCUGCUGCCUCCUAAGCAUUUCACAGAAGAUGGAAAUAUCCUACAGCUUGCUAACCUUCCUGAUCUAUACAAAGUGUUUGAAAGGUGUUAAAUGGUUGCUUUAGGACUCUUAUUUAUUCUCCAGACAUUGUAUCCUGACAUUGGUAGGGAUCACAGUUGGAAACUCAUUUCCCUUCUAACUAGUAUCAGGCUUCAUGCAUAGAGGGCACAUCUAUAAAUUAACUGUUAGGGGUAUCCUAACAUGAUUUCAUGGCAUUUGAAGGUUUGUCCAGAUGAGUUUUCACCUAGUAUAUGUGUGGGGUUUUUUGUUUGUUUGCUUACUUUCUGAAGAUUCCCAAAAGCAGUUUGAAAGCUCCUACUCUUCUGCUAAGAAUUAUAUAAAGACAUUUAAGAUCUCA